AUGGCUUUCGGUACGCUGCUCACCUUGGUUGCUUGUGCGCUAUUCUUUCGGUCUUUAGCUAGAAUCUUUGUCCACCCACUUCGUCAUGUGCCUGGACCCAUCUUUGCCUCCACCAGCUCACUAUUCCUUUACACAAUUUGCUAUCUUGGAGUGGAAGGUCGCGUUAUCAGGUCUCUCCAUCACCGGUACCGCAGUGAUGUACUCCGCGUGGGUCCGAACAGUGUCUCCAUAGCUGACAGCAGCGCUCUCCACGAUAUAUACGUUUCCGGGGGUGGCUUUCCUAAAGACUCUCGGUAUAGCAACUUCAACCUAGGCCCUAUCGUAUCAAUCUUCUCCUCUACCGACACUAUCUACCGCGACCGUAGAGCAAAGGCUGUUGCAUCCCUCUUUGCCCCUAACCGCCUUCGCUCGGCCUGUGAACACGAUCAGGUCAUAGGGAUAUCAGUUUCCCGAUUCAUCCAUCUAAUUCAAGAACACAAGAAAGAGCGUAUAUCCUUCGACCUUGUAGAUAUAUGCGCACGUCUCUCCAUUGACGUCGUGACUGAGUAUCUGCUCGGAGAACCAUACGGCGGCUUCAGAGAGAUCGACCACCUCUCUCCACGAGACCAGCAGUAUCAUAAGCUGAGCGCAAAUCCCUUCAUAUUUGCCAUCGUCGCCUUUUCUCGAUUCUCCCUUCUCCCUAAAUGGCUUUUUACAAGAGUCUACUCUCUAUCUACGAGGCUGGCCUCGGAUGAUGAAGUGAAACAAUCAUUUCGCAAGCUCGAUUCAUUUAUCUCGGGGGUCAUACAUACCAGUCACGUCUUCUGGCAGCAAGGCAUCGACCCUUCGGAGGUAGCUGCACAGUGCAAAGCUGUCACAUUUGCUGGGGCAGACUCUACGGCUGUAAUUCUAACCACGAUCAUAUUCCAUCUGAUUGUCAAUCCCAGUAUCUGUCGCAUCCUCAUCGCUCAGCUCGAGGCUCAUCAGAAGGCUUCCACUGGCCCCCUCGACCCUGAAACUGUUCCAUAUCUCCGUGCGGUUGUCAAAGAAGGCCUUCGUUUGGGCAUGGCCAACCCCACCCGACUCACCCGUGUCGUUCCACCAUCGACUGCCUUGAACGUUGAGGGAUAUGCUAUACCAGCUGGCACUGUCGUCGGCUGUGCUGCAUACACCCUUCACCAUGACCCAAACGUGUUUCCAGAACCCUUUGAGUUCAAGCCAGAACGUUGGAUAGAGAAUAGAUAUGAUAGAAACCCAUUGAGACUCAAAAUGGAGAUGAAUAUGAUGCCGUUUGGGGUGGGCUUAAGAGGGUGUAUUGGAAAGAACUUGGCAAUGCGACAAUUGUACGAAACCAUCUCGGCUAAGGUGCGAGGAUCAAACAGCAGCACAUAG